GGGCCGCAAUGCGCCCUGAGCUCGAGGUGGAGAUCGUCAGCGACGAGGAGAUGGCCAUGAUAGAGGCCGCGCUCGCCGCCGCCACCCCAGUCCGGCCCCUCCUCUCCUCCGCCGCCGUCCGCGGCGCCGCCACCCUCUCCUGCGCGGCCUUCCCGCCCGCCGGCGACAUCGAGGACUCCGCGCCGCCGCCGCGGAGGUCGCUGCUGUCCCGGUUCCGGGAGCGCCGUGCCCUCGCCGUCACCGACAUCACCGCCACGGAGUGGUGCGAUAAGCAGAUGGAGUUCGUGCUGGAGCACGGCAAGCCGGAGAGGACCGAGGCGAUGAAGGCCGGCUCCGACCGCCACACCCAGCUCGAGCAAGAGGUUAUUGAGAGAGUCGAUAUUGCUGUUAGAUCUGCAGAAGAAUCGUGGGCAGUCAAAUUCAUGAACUUUAUCGUGGGAUCAAACCAAUUAUUGUUCAACGGCAUGACACGUGAACUCCCAGUGAUUGGGAUUGUUGAAGGUUCAUGGAUGGUAGGAAUUAUUGAUGAACUCCGAAUGCCUAUGGAUGGAACUUCUUUUCAUCCAGUUCUGGUGGAUACAAAGACACGUUUCAAAGCAACAAUUCCCUCGGAAGCACAGAAAAGAAAUGGAAGGCUUCAGCUGAUGUGUUAUAAGUACCUGUGGGACAGUUCUAUUUCUGAGAAAUUCCCAACAGAUAAUUUCUUCAGCUAUUUUGACUUGAACCCCAACUUCUUGUUAUCAGAUGAUGUCAAGCGGUACAUAAGCUCAAUUGGUUUCGAUGCACAGACUUUCGGGGAUGUAUUGAAAUACUACAAGAUUACUUGUCAUACGCUGUCACGAUCUCAAGAACAGCUGAUCUUGAGAUAUGAACUGCAAGAAGAUCAUUCCCUGUUAGAAGAGUACCAGUUCUCUUAUGAUGCUCAGUGGUUCAAGGAUCAAAUCCAAGAAACCCUCAGCUUCUGGCUGGGGGCACGAGAACCUAAAUAUGUGACUGAAGAGGAGGGGUGGAAAUGCAAAUUCUGCAAAUUCGCGCCAAUUUGCCCGAAGCUGGCUUCCACCUCAAGGUGUUGACGUUCAAGGUUGCAAAUGGACAGCUCCCUUUUGGGUCAGAGCUUAGGGAUUUUUUUCUGACAUUAGGCUGAAGAACCAACCAAUUUGAUCAACCAUAACACUGGAAGUGGCUUCAUCUGUUCUUUUCUUCUUUCCAUGGCUAAAAUUUAACUCAGAGUAAAAUUUACCAAAUGUAGCAUUGUAACGUGGAUGUUGGUGAAUUUCAUUCAUGUUGUUUGUAUGCCAAUGAAGAAAAUCACCUCCUGGAGCCCUUUUUAUGUAGUGAAUUGCUUGGCACCAACCAUCUCUAAUUGUUGGCUAUAGCGCUGAAUAAUUCUCUAAUAAUAUGUGUGAACUCUAUUGUCUUUUU